AGCUGAACCCACGCUCCGUGUUUUUCCACGAGAAUAUUUGCCGAUUGUUUAGCAGUAUCUAAUUAUUUUUAGGAAAUGGGUCUUAUUAAUCGUUUGACAAAUAUUGUUCAACGUCUUGAUCAUAUUAUUCCCAUGAUCCUCGGUAGACACCCUCCUCCAGAUCAAAUGUGUUGUCUUGCGACAUUCGAGGGAUACCAUGCCCCAGUUCCAUCGAAACAGUUUUCUGUAAAAGACUUUAUUGGUGACGGUAUUCUCUGGGGAGUUCCGAAGCAUAGAAAAACUAUUGAAAAACGUUUGAAAAAUAGAUAUGGCACUCCUGGUCUCUCCUCUAAAAUGAUUCCUGAAAAAACACAUUUGAGAGUUUGUAAUAGCUGCGGAAAUCAUUACGAAGUUGGUGUCUUGUGCCCUACAUGUUAUGAAAAUAUUCGAAAGGAGACAGAAAUUAUGCAGGAAAAAAUAAAGCAAGAAUUAAAGAUGAGUCCUGUAGAAAAUGAAGUGGUUGUGCUGUAUGAUGGAGAAAAGGCAGAACAGCCUGAUGAAUUUUGGAGAGGAAAGAGAAUCAUUGAAAUGGAAAAGCCGAGACCAAAAUGGUUCAGUAAAAAUUUGAUGCAGAAAUCAACUCAAAAACCUGCUACAACUGCCGCUGUAAAACCCGACGAAUUAUGUUAAAACAGAAUCAAUAGCAGUAAAUAACACUUAAAUUACUAGCUAAAAGUAGAUUUAUUUGCAGAAAAUAAUAAUAAUAAUAAAAAUAAUAAUAAUAAUAA